UUAUAAGCAGUACUUGAGGAGGCGAGAGGGGAACUGGCAGGGAGAGAGAGGGGGAGAGACCAGAAGUUGGAUGGCGCUUUCCUUUGUCGCCGUAUCUCUGCGCACACAAACAGCUGCCAAGCGUCUCCGUGAUCCGUGAAAUUACACCGUCUGCCGUCGUUUUACGCCGUAGUGGCUCUACCGUGUCAUCCAACAAACGAUCUGCAGCCCCUGUGGGCAAGAUGAUGGAGGAAUCGGUGACCACAUUUGAGACGCAUCUGACUGCCGUCAUGGACAGCCUGAUCCGCGCCUCGGUGUGUGAGAUCACCAAACUCUUCCAGGAGACGGUGAACGACUACCUGGUGGAGCUGUCCCUCAACAGGAAGGAGAACGAGGCUCUCAAACUGCGGCUGAGGCUCACCGAGAGCAAGCUGAGAACCGAGCGCAAGUACGGCAUGGGCUGGGCUGCCAACCGCCGCAACGCCGGGCUGGUGGCGGCCGCGGCGGCAGCAGCGGAGGAGGAAGCUGGAGGGAGGCAGAAACGAAAACUUGACGUGACCCGAGGCAAGUCAAAAAAGGGCCCAGCAGCAGCCUAUGGCAAAGCCUGGCCUGGAGGUGUGUGGGAGGAAGGUGGAGGUGGUGGCGGUGGUGGAGGAGGAGGUGGAGGAGGAGGAGGAGGAGGAAGUGGAGCAACCGUGGGCAUGGUAGCAGGAGGAAGAGGGGGGAAGGAGGCCAAAGAUAUGUACCACAUCCAGUUCCCCCGGGAUGAAGAAGACGAGGGAGGGAUGGUGGAGGAAGAGGAAGGGGAGGGCAGCCUCAGCGGUGAGGGGGAGGAGAAGGCCAACAUCAAAGAGGAGUUUCCCCAAACAGAGGGUUAUCAGCCUGCUUCUCUCCGGCUAAUCAAGGAGGCUUUGAAGAUGCAUCCGCCCAACCAGAACCUCAACUCUGGCUCCAGAGCCCCAAGUGAAGGAGAUCUGUCAGAUCGUCCCCCGACUCUUCAUCCAGGGGAGAGAGAAGAGGAGACCUGGAAGGUGGGCUCAGCAGAAGCAUCGGAGGGGGGGAUGACCGUGGAUGAGCUGAGGGGCCUGGAGUCUGCAUUAAGAGCCGAAAGAGGUCGUGAGCAGGCUUCUCAACAUGACUCAGAGGUGGUGCGUGGGACUGAGAUCAGCUUGGCCCCUAAGUACAUUGGUCUCGAUGGAAUGGAGCAGGAUGGAGAGCUGGAGCCUCAGCCACCCACUCUGCACAAAGAGGACCAGAUAGGACAAGGCAGGGUGAAGGAGGGCGAGAGGUUGGGAGUGGCUGGAGGAGUGGAGCUGAGGUUAGGCUGGUCCAAGAAGUUAAGAGAGGGCGAUUCAGUUGCGGUUAUGCCUGUAGAGGAUGUGGUGGAGCAUGGAGAGUCAGAGCCUCCACCCCACCUGUCUGCUCCAGGGAGUGUUUGGGAGAGCGCAGGGGAAGAGGAGGGCGGCGGAGACCUGCUCCACUUUUGCCCACAGUGUGGAGGAGGCUUCACUUCAGAGGGUGAAUUGGAGGAGCAUCCAUGUCCACUAGGUGGCGCCCAUUUACAGAGCAGUGGAGCAGAGGACGCUCUUUUCCCUUGUGCUCACUGCGGCAACACAUUCAGCCAUUCCUGGGCUCUUAAGAACCACGAGUGUGCCUGCGCUGCUGAGCGGCCGCACUGCUGCGAGAUCUGCGGGAAGCGCUUUACACACUCACGGUCGCUAGAGCGCCAUCAUCUGGUGCACACGGGUGAGAGGCCGCACCGUUGCCAGCACUGUGGGCGCAGCUUUAGUCGUCUGGGUAAUUUGGAACGGCACCAGCGGAUCCACACGGGCGAACGUCCGUACGGCUGUGAAGCAUGCGGAAAGCGCUUCAGUCGUGUGGAGUACCUAAAGAGACACCAGCUCAUACACAACAGUGAAAAAGCAACACUCCAGUGCUCCAACUGUGGAAGGGGCUUUAGUGAUGUGGAGCAACUGAAGAACCAUCAGUGUUUUUAGAGCCUUCACAUUAAAUUCUUAAAAGAAAGAACUGUUAUUUUUUUUUUUUUAUCUGGUUGUGGUAGAAUUUAGCUGAUGAAUGUGACUGUUACAAUUUUGUGUCUUUCUCAGUGAUUAUCUUUAAGAUAACAAAGCACAUAUAUAGAAGAUCUUGGUUGAGUAAAUUAUGAAGUCAAAUUUAUAAAUUUCCUGUACUGGAAGAGAAAUAGAGUCAGUCUCUGCCAUCCAGCCAUUUUAUAACUGGAUGUUUUGUCAUUUGUAUGUACGUACACAGCUGCGACUUAUUUAUAAUGAUGAAUACAUUAUUCAUUUUUACCUCUUUAUCAGUAUGAUAAAGCUGAUGGCCUUUUUUUUGGAUGAUAUGACUGGCAGUUUGGUAUUUUGUAUGUUUGUGUUUUCGUCACA